AUGGCUCCCCGUUCUCCGUCCCUCUCAUUCGAGCCCACCCCGGCCCUCGAACAUGACCCAGACAACUUUUCUCCUCUUAAUCCUCCCCGGACCAAUAGCUUCUCCUUGGAUCCCAAGGAAGUUCGCUUUUCAGAUCCUCCCUCGAUGCCAAUGACAGGCCGCCACUCGGUAGCGACGACAAAUCCGCCUCUCCUGCCCGCAGUACCUUCUGCCAGUCAACUACCAAAGCAUGGCUUUCAAAUCGCGAACCCUACGCCGCAAGUGGACAUCACGGAGUACAUGGAGCACUGCCGGUUGUGGAAUACGCGGCUCAGACAGACCCACGAAAGCGAGCGAAGAGCCUGGGAUAUAGAACGAACUGCGCUGAAAGCUCGUAUCGGCGAAUUGGAGCAGAAACUCAACAAGAGCAGAGACCCUAAGAGGAGAUCAAGUAAUGAUUCGUCUUCCGCGAGCCUUCGCUCUUUCAAGUCAGACUUUCCGCUCUCUGGGGUUAAUGGGAAACACCGCUCUCGAAUCUCUCCCGAACCCACCAUUGCAGAACCGCCGGUCUGGAAAGGUCCUGAAUCCACUCCGCCCGUUACCAGAGUCUUUGCCAGCGAGGACGAAGUGUUUCAUCUACCCAGCAUCUCGGAGGAUGAGGCCAUGCCCGCCCUGUCCAAGGAGGUCUCGCCGACUUCGGGAGGCCAAGAGAAUAUCCCGAUACCAAUCGAACAGGUCGAUAGCACCCUGGAUGGCAUCACCAUCAAAUCGGCCGCCUUGACGUCUUCCUUCGACAAGGAGAUCGCCAGUCCGCAGUUCGCUAGUCCCGCCCUGUCACCUGUCCCCCACACCACCAAAGAGGAGCCUUUCAGACUUGACGUCAACUCUCUCAUCUCGCCGCUGGAUGAGAAAUUGAAACGACACGCUGGUCAUACACCCAUGGCGUUUGAUGGCACUCUGUCCUCGGAUGUCGCCAGUAGCGCGUUGACUCCGAAGCAAGAGGAGCCUCUUGCUCCCGCCCCCACCACGCGGCCUCCGCUCCUUCCCGCGGAAAACACCGAUUCUUACUUUUCGUUCUCUGCCACCGCGGAAAAGGGAAAAGAGAACCCGACAGUAGAAGAAGAGCCGGAGCCGGAACCAGAGCCGGAGAUAAUCUACGAAACACAUCAGGAUCCAGCGCUGAAAGGACCACUCAUGCUUGAUCCCAACGCUAAAUCCGUGGAAUCCGUUGCGUUCUUGAACAUCCUCGAUGGUAAGCUCAUCGAAGAAAAAGUACACCAAGACAAGGCCGAGUCGAGUUUGUCAGGGACCGUCGAGGAUGGACAGGAAGCGAGUGGGCAACAAGGAGAGUCUUCUGCUAACAACGACGACGACAUGCCAAGGUUGAGAAUGAGAAACAGCGUCAACUUUGGAAGUGCAUGGGGUCGCAUAUAG